UAUCAAGUGCCAGUAUCUGAAGGGGGAGGGGCAAUGAAGCUUUUAGUAGCCGCCAUGUUUUUCUCUGAGUGGGGUGUGUAGAAGAGGCCGGGGUGAAAAUCAUCUCUCGAGGCAUGCAGUGUCAAAAUGGGAAGGAGACUAUAUUUGUUAUCCUUCACUAAGACCUGCCAGCCUCAUUUCCACAAGAUAUCCACCACCUGCACAAGAACUAAGUAAUUUUUAAUAUCAACGUAACUGAAAUCACAAGAAGUACCACCAUUGAUUGUGGGCAACGAAACUAAAAGUGAGAAAUUAUAAGUAACAAAGAAAAAAAAAAAGAACAUUUAUCAAGCUAGUAAAUGUCAAGGUGGUGGAUUCAGUAAAAUUCAGAAACAUUAAAGGACAAUAAUAUAAUACAGUAACUCUAUUGUAAAUAGGAGAGAAGAUGAUCACCCUGGAGGUAGUGAAGCCUGUAAAAGUUCCUGGGUCUAGGAGGAGCUUUAUUAAAAGGAAAUGAGGAAUCCGGCAUUGCAUCUGGUCGGAAUAGCGACGUCCCCUGGUGGAGGUGAAGUUUUUGGUACCAGGGCCGAGGAGGAGUUGCGCCAGUGGCUCGAGACACGCUUGGACGCAUUGGGAAUUGACCCCGUUGCGUACUCGCGAUUUGUGCUCAGCCUAUUGCGCUGCCCCGACUCGGCCCUAAGCCCACCAGAAGAAGCAGUAGGUACAGGUAGAAACGGAGGGCGUCGCAUUCGGGCCCGACCUAAAGCAAAACUGCCCACGCAAGGAGAUAGAGAGCAAAGACGUGCUGUCGUGCAAUGUUUAACAAGUGCUGCUGAUAAUAAGUGUGGUGUGGAAACGUUGGUCGACGAAUUAUGUAUGAAACUUAGAGACUUGGAAGGAGGCGGUUCAGAUGAAAAGGAAGAAGAAUUUAAGAAGUCCAAUGAUGAAAAUAAAACAAAUUUAGAGUCGCUUACACCUCGCGACAGAGCUCUCAGAUAUUACGCGGCAUUUCCUGCUUUACAACCUACAACCUUGAAAAAAUUUUCUCAGAAAAAAGAUCGGAAUUUUGGAAAUAAUAAUAAUAAUAAUAAUAAUAAUAAUAACGGAGUCAACUAUAAUAAUAAUAAGAAUACUAAUAAAUCUCGCAAUAAAAAAACAAAAAUGUCUAUUAGUAUUGACUCACGAAGAUCAGAAGAAAAAGAAAGUUUUGGAUUUGCUAAAUCAAUGGAACUUGAAAGAGAAAAAGAACUAGAAUUGGAAUUGGAUAAACUUCGAUUGGCACAAUUGCAAGCAAAGUUUGACGAGAGUUUGGAAGCACUUUGGGAUUCAGGACCAGGCAAUGCACAAGACACGGCUUCGAUUUGGGCAGCACCUACACUUUCUAUUCCUUCAGGACCCCUUUGGCCGACAGAUACUACCGAGACAAUCUUUACUUUAUCCACCUCAGACAAUGGUUAUGCUACUGACACGCCGUAUCAGGAAUCUAUUGUUGACGACUCGCCGCUUAUUCCAUGGGACAUCGAUUUAAUCAGCAUUGAAGAUUAUGCGGAUGAAUAUAGUAACAAGAAUAAAUCAGAGAACAAUGUUAACUGGUCUGACUCAGCUAUGGAUGGAUCAUGGUGCUGGAAAGGGCUUGGUAGUAAUUUAGCUACCUUGGGCCACAGUCCUCAGACAGGUAGCUGCUUCUUUCCAGUCGCUCCGCGUAAAACUCCCAUUGGAACACGCAAAGAAUCUCGUUCAAAUCUGAAAGUAAACAGCCUUCCAGAACCGGACGAGGAUUUGCUUACUUCCGCUCGCACACACUUUCGUCCAAUAAAGGAUGAUGGUCAGUGGGCCGAUGGGACUACAUUUCCUGUGAACAAUACUUUAGAGCGGGUCGCAUAUCGCAGAUCUGAGUCAGGAAACUUGUUAUAUCUACCUGGUGGAGAGAGUCCUUACAUGGAGUAUCGAGAGAACGACUCAUCGCUUUCUCCAGUAUCUUCGAAUUUAACGUUGAAAUUCAGGGUGCGUCAAUGCGACAAGUGCGUUCAAACCGAGCCCAUUCGAUCUCCGGUCAAACGCAGAAUUCUCUCCGAACAGGAUCAUUUUCAUUAUACUCCAAUUGGAGUGGAAGAUACUGUUAUUCGCGAAGAAGAGAAUGUCGAGAAAGAUUGCUAUGCAUUGGGUCAACUGGGCUGGGUACGAUCUAAUGUACCUCUGCACAAUGAUAGGAAAAGAAGGCACAGUAGCAGUUUCGGAUGCCAGCCUCUGACGACUUUGCGUCCGUUGACCUUAUGAACUGGAACUUAAUAUGAGCUGCUACAAAUGCUAUGUGACUGGAAGGUUUGAGGUGUAGUUAUGCUUUUUUCUCAAGAUGACGACGUAAAUUGUUAACAGAGAAAGAAAAAUAAAAGAAUAUGACAUCGGGGGGCCUCUUGGCAUGUGGAAUUUGUUAUGCAUGUAUCCAAGAUGGUGCCGUUAAAUGAAAAAAAAAAAAAUGUAUCCCCCGUUGUCGUUGAACAGAGUAAAAAAAAAAAAAAAAAA